AUGAGCCGUGUAUUCGCCUUCUUCUUCUUGGUCCUUGUCUCCCUUGCCGGGGCCCGUCACAGCAGGCGCUCCGGGUGCCACGGUUUCAGCCACUUCGGCCACUCCGGGUGCCAGUGGAAGGAGAAGAAGGAGAACUUCUUUCGAUUGUUGGGGCAAGCGCGGCAGCACACGCAUGACCUGCUCACCGGCAUUAGGCACAGGGUGGCAGAGCAGCAGGAGACGGUGAGGCAGGAUGUCACGGCUGCUUGGGAGAGGGCACGUCAGAGCACCCAGGCGACGAUGUCUGAGAUGCGAGAGGCAGUCGCUGAGAAGCAGGAGCUCAAAGAGACCUUGAGGAGGGUGCGCGAGAACACCAGGGAGAAGCAAGCCGCGAACGAGAGGCUGACGAAGGAGAACCAAAGGCUCGAAGAGGAGAUCCGCACCAUGCGCCAGCAGUCUCAAGAGUUUCAAGAUGCCCAGAAGUCCUUCGUGCAGGAGAACCAGCACCUCCUCGAGGCCUUGCGCAUCGCGGGCUUGGAGAAGCAGGAGCUGAAAGAGACCGUGAGGAGGUUGCGAGAGCGCUCUCGAGAGAAGCAGAAGACCAUCGACGGUCUCAGGGAGCAGCCUGAGCCCUCCGGCUCAUGUCCUACGGAGCCUCAGAAGGUCACAACGGACGAGUUGGCGAUGGCCCAACUUCAGAAGCUGCAAGGCACGAUGAACAGGCAGGAGGUGUACCAUUAUGGGCACGGCUAUGUGCACGGCUUGGCAUCCUCCCUGAGCCUCUGCCUCCUUGUCUUCUUCUCUUUUCACUCCCGGCUCUGUGGACAGAGCCCUCCUGUGCCGAGCCCUCGCAUCGAAGCAGAAGAGCCCGGGGCGGAGGCCGCGGCGGAGGCCGCGGCGGAUGAGGCGUGGGAUCCCCUGGAGCCCUUGGAGGAGGAGAUCUCAGAUUCUGGUGCCAGCGCGUCAGAGUCCGAGUCCGAAGAGUCGGAAUCAGAGAGGUCAGAGCAGUCAGAGGAGUGGGAGAUGGUUGCCGGACUUGACUGA